AUGUCGCUCGCCGUCCCCAACGCCGCCGCGAGCUCGAGCUCGAACACCGCUUCUAACAACACCCCCGAGAAGACUGGAGAGAACGAUGAGUACGGCAAGAACAACGCUGUGGUUCGUCCGCAAGCCAGCGUUCCAGAGAUUUCUCCCGUACAGGGUCUUGUUCCCGUUUUGCAGAACAUUGUUGCGACUGUCAACCUCGAGUGUCGUCUUGACCUCAAGACCAUCGCCCUCCAUGCGCGUAACGCCGAGUACAACCCCAAGCGUUUCGCCGCCGUGGUGAUGCGUAUCCGUGAACCGAAAACGACAGCCCUCAUCUUCGCCUCUGGAAAGAUGGUUGUCACCGGUGCCAAGUCCGAGGAUGACUCUCGUCUUGCGUCCCGUAAAUACGCUCGUAUUAUCCAGAAGCUUGGUUUCGACGCCAAGUUCGCCGAGUUCAAGAUUCAGAACAUCGUCGGAUCCUGCGACGUCAAGUUCCCCAUUCGUCUUGAGGGUCUGGCUUUCAGCCACGGUGCUUUCAGCAGUUAUGAGCCCGAGCUGUUCCCCGGUCUGAUCUACCGUAUGCUUAAGCCCAAGGUCGUCCUGCUCAUUUUCGUCUCCGGCAAGAUUGUUUUGACCGGAGCCAAGGUGCGCGAGGAGAUCUACAUGGCUUUCAAGCAGAUCUACUCUGUGUUGGUCGAAUUCCGCAAAGAGGCCUAG